CCUAUUCUUUAUUCCAAGACUUUCUCUGACAGAUACACAGAGUCUAACUAGGUGAAGAUACAAACAGAACAACGCAUUCCUUGCUGAUCGAACUGACUUACAGUGGUGCUGGCUUGUGUCGGAGUGGAUUAGGCUCGCGCUUCAAUUUCGAUGUGACAAGUAAUUCCCCUUGAACCCAGAGUUCCAAGAAUAGUUGCACGCGCCAAGACAGGGGACAAGAAGAAAAAACAAAAGUAUUGAUUCAGUUUUGUGUAUCCAGAGUUCUCUCUCUUGGUGUGCCAGACAUCGCAUCGCUCCAUGUUCCAGGCUUUUUCGUCUGCUUGGCCAGACUGCGGGGUGGUGGCGGCGGGUGGCUCCUGCUCGAGUUGAAAACAUCGCCACGGUCAUCCACUGACCAGGGACUUAGGCUGGACACUGCAGGGGCUGUAUGGCGCUAGCACUUUCAAGGCUAUUAAUUUGAUAUUUAAAGAAAGCUGAAAAAGGGGAAGUAAUAGAUGGCGUCUUUUGGUGAUUUUGUUAAUAUAAGAUGGUAGUGUCCUCCCUUGGAUGUGGAUUACAUCGUUGUGUAGAGUCGCUUCAAUUCUGACUUGGAACUUUAAUCGUCCCAGUGCGUGCUUUUUUCCAAAGUAAUUCAGACUGACGUCAUCGGCGCAGCGCCUGGACAUCUGGUAACAUUUGCUCAGUGACCGGCACCGAUGACCUUCAGGAAAUCCCCUGGCCAGGACUCACGGACGCUGGUCAUCAUGUGAGGUCAGUGCGGACGUGUGCUGACAUGAGUGGACAGAAGAAGGUCUCUUUUGGAAGUAAAAAUUCUCUGGUUGAAACAUGGAUUAUUGAGGACUCUGCACUGACCCACCAAAGACGCGGUGACGUCAGGGAAAUCGGUUACGACUUCUAUGACGACACUAUGACGUCAUCCACCGACGUCAUGGUCGCCAGCAACAAAACCCCCAAUCACAAGCCUCCCACCCGCCACGUGACGAUUGGCGACUCCACGGUGGUCAUCGUGACCCCAAGACAGACCCCUGACACCCCUGACAGCGAGGGCGGCAGGCACUCGCUCGGACACACCGCUGUAAGCGCUCCACCGGGCGCCCACCUUGGAGGUAGCAGCGUCGGCGCCGCUGGUGGGAGCAGCUACCACCAGCAUUGCGCCCACAGCGCCGUGUACACGCCUUUAAGGAUUACCAAGGUAUCGGCAGCAUCUCGGCCCAACCCACGACAGCUGAGUCCAAGGGUCCACCAAAUACGUCCCAAGAAAGAGGAGUACUAUGACGUCAUACACCCGGAACCUAAGGAUCAAACACAGGAACUGGUCAUAGAGCCGGACUUCACCGAGGUGAUUCCUGCUCCCUCGACAGACCAACAGGAACUGGUCUCCCCCGACGACCCCCACACCAGAUACGUGGUGGACAGCUUGACCGGCUGGCCCCUGAAGAGGUCUGAAAGUCUAGAAAGCAGAGACAACCCAUUUCUGCCUGGUGGUGAGUUGUCAAGGGAAGCUGAGGAUCUCCUGAGGAGAGCCACUAUCAUCAGAGACAACUUCUACCUCAAUGAGGAAGAAAAGAGAACUCUACAGGAGCAUCAACAGCAGCAGCAGCAACAACAGCAACAACAACAACAACAAAAACAGCGUUCUGCCAAAAAAGUUCAAAUCAUUGACCAAGAUGGUCAAACCUAUGACAGCGAGAAGCAGCCCAGCUCUCCGACCUACCCUGGCGAUGUGGAGGAGCGGAUAUCCCCACAGUCUGCUGGGAACACCCUAGCUGCUGUCCCUCAGGGAGAUGGCUUGCAGCCAAAGGAAAAUGGGAAAGCAGCGGAUGGUGCUGCCGCCUCGCCGGACAAUGUUAAACUUACAAUUCCAGACAGUGAUGGUCAGUCAAUACCCUUAACCCAGUCAGGCCCUGGUGGUGGACUGUCUGGAGAUUUACAAGUACAUGACUCUGACAAAAAAAGAAGAAAUAAAUGCUGCUCUAUUAUGUAGGCCAGUGCAUAGUUGGAGUUUGUUAUGUAGGCCAGUGCAUAGUUGGAGUAUCUUAUUAAAGUCAUCAUUUGGCUAACUUGUAUUAUUGCAACAUCAAUAUAUGUUUAAUUCAAACUUCAAUCCUAAACAUUUCUUUCUUUAUGAAGCACAUCUUUAUUUGAUUUAUCAGGAAUAUAAUUUUCCUUGCUUGGAAUUUCACUUAUGUAUAAGAAAAAAAAUACAAAAAUAAUGCUCCAGUUGUUUUGUCAUCUACUGGUUCUCACUGUUUUCCAUGUGUUUGUGCUUAUCAGCUGAAGAGAAUACACACACAUUUUUUUUUGGGGGGGGGGGGGGGGGGCAAAAGAUCAUUUUAAGUGUAUUGCUAAUAAUCAUCCAUGUUUACUCAACCUGAACGAGUCAACAAAAGAAAGCAGACACUCAUAGCAUAUUGGAGUUGUUAACUACAGGUUGCCAAAUAAUGGUUUCUUGCUUGACUUCUGUUCUUUCAUUGGACUUAGAGAAAUAGUAGCUAAGUCAAACAUGCUUUGUCUAAGUGGAAAGGUAAAUCGAAACCUUAACACUGGAUUGAAUUUUCACAAAUGUUUAUUGGUUGUAGUUUUCAUGAUUUUUCUGACAAGGCCUUUGCUGCAAUACUGAAAAAUCUAUGAGGAUUAGUUAAGAUAUAAGCCAAAACAGUCCCCCGCUACUUGAAAAGUGCUGUUAAUGGCUUAGCCACUGAAUAGGUACAUAAUUCCCAACAGCUGAGAACUUCAAUCACUGCAUUGUAUCAACUCAGCUGUGAAUGAUAUAAAGCCUGUGUAAAUAAACAUUUACCUAAACCCUAUUUGCUACUUAAUAACAGAGAAAUUUAAUGGAGAAUUGCCAUUCUAAACAAAUUGGAAACACAACCUUCCCAGCAGUAAACUUUAUUUCUAAAAACACUAUUUACCAGUGGAUUUACACAGAUGGAAAGCUUAUUUUGGGACAAACUGCUAUCAUUUCUGUUCAUGCUUUAAAAAAAAAUGUAAGAAUAGUACAUCUAAAUACAGAUGUUGAUGAAAAUUAAUAUCUUUAGCUUGUACUCUCUUUAGUCUUUGGUUUGUCUACUUAUGAACAUUACAUUUGAUUUGCAUUGAGUCUUAUUAAUUUCGUAAUCACACACUUUUCAGAACAUGCUAAGUCAGCUCUUGUCGACCAUGUUUUUUAAGAAGAAACACAGAACAAUGCUUGAGAAAAAUAAUGUUCGUAGGCUGCAAUUUGAAUUUGUCAUUGUAGGUGCCUAAUAUGAAUAAAAAUGUGUAACCUUGAGCAAUGUUAGCAUAAAUAUAAUGUUUAAACCCUAGACAUUUCUCAAAAUUUGUCCUAACUAUUUACACAGGAGAUAAGACACAAACCUACUAGCCAGGCCUUACCAGUGCUAUAAUUGAGCUAAAAAAAACACACACAAAAAAUUUAAAAAUGUCUCAAAUAGCAUUAUUCAGAAUCAAGAACACCAAAGUAUUUCAAGUUUUCGUUUGAAUUUCGAUAGUCCAUUAUAUAUAUAUAUAUAUAUAUAUAUAUAUAUAAGUCAUUAAGAAGUGUAAGGUGUACAAUAUUUGUAUUACUAUCCUAAUUUAAGCUUUUUUUUUUCUACAUUAAAAAUGUGUUUUUUUUUCCUGUUCAUACAUAAUGAAGUGCUAUAAAGAUGUAUAAUUUAUUACAUUAGUCCUUUCCUUCAGCUACAUCUGAACAAGCUCAGAAUAGCCUUUUUGUUUGUAGUACCAUUCAUACUCUCUUUUUUUAUUUUGAAUAUAGCAUUGUAGCUAUAUUUUUAUCCAACUGGCAUUCAUGUGUACGAGAAUUAAAAUCAUGCAUUUUAUAACAUUUUAUUAUUAUCAUUGUAAAAAGCUGUUACAAAGCAAUUAGUUAUAUGGUUUUUUCAUUUUAAAAAAAUGCAGUCCGUAAAAGACACAAUUUUAUACAUACACGUAAGAAAUUUUUUAAUAUAUAAUAUAUUUAGCCUUUUUAUUUUCUGUAAAAAAAAUAUUGGAUUAUUUUUAAACUUAUUUUAUACUCCUCAAAUUUGGUCAUGCUUGGCUGUGACUUGUGAAUCUUGUUGAUUCCAGUGUUUUCAAUUUGUGAUAAUGGUUUUGGAAAAAAGCAAAAAUAGUACAUUAUUUUUGUUACGUUAAAUAAAAUGAACUAAUUGAUUCUAAUUCAUGUAAAGAUUAAUUAAAAUCAUUUUUCAAAGACUUUCAUCUUGGUUUUAAAAAAAUAAUAAAAUAUUAUGGCAGUAUUAGGCAAACAUCAAUUUUUUUUAAGUUAUUUAAAAGCUGAGAUUAACAUCAUGUACUAAAUAAUACUAAAUAUACUAUAUAAAUCUUUCGCGAGAAUAAAAACAUUACAGUUUUAUUGCUACAACAAUUAUCUUUUAAACUGUUAAACUUAAAAUGAUUGUAGAAAUCCAAUACAGGUGCUACUUUAGUCAAUUUUCUGCCUUGACGUACAGAUUUGUUUUGUUUUUUUUCUCUUCCUAAAAAUUGUAACUUUCUGUUCCAUUAAGUAGGAUUCAAACUGUUUUUUGAAAUAUAUAGUUUAGUAGUGCGAAUGUAUAAAAUCAGGAACAGGAAACCCUCCCAUAUAAGCUGUGUCCUUUAAAUGAUAGGAUGUUGUUUACUGUUUUAUUUUCUAAACAUCGUUUUUUUUUAUUUUUAUUUAUAAUGUUCUUUUCCAAACCCUUUAAAUGCAUUUACAAUUUUUUUCUUAUUUACUCUCUUCAUUUACUCAUUAAAUUUUUUAACUAUUUUGUUUUCAUAGUGUGCGUUCUUUAGAUGUAAUUCAAUAGUGUCUAUAUUUCAAGCACAAUGAAAAAAAUCAUAAUUAUUUACUUUUUAUUUGUUGAUAGAAAAAAAAAAGGUCAGUUUAGGUGAAUAGUUUAUAGACAAAUUAUAAAAUUAAAAUGUUUUUUGAAUAAUAAUAUUGGAUUUUUGUUAAAAUAUAGCCUAUCGCAUCAAAAUAAAAUUUGUUCAUAUUCUGUGUGUGUAAUUUAAUUCUCAAUAUUUAUACAUACUUUUUUUUUCUGAACAACAAUAAAAAAUUUACAUGUUACAAUUGUUGGCAAAGUAUGGUGCACUAAUUGAUUUAUAGGCAUAAUUUUACUUCAAUAUUAGCUUUUAUUUUUAAAAAAGGUAUAGUUUAAAUUAUACAAAUAUUCAAAGUCCGCUAAAUCAUCUUUUCUUAAAGUUAUACCUAGAAACAUGUUAAAAUUUAAAAUGUUUUCAGUCAGCAGAAAUCUUUAAUGUUUGAGACUUAUUAAUUUCUAGCACUUUUAUUUAAAAUUAUGUGAAUACAAAAAAUAAUUUUUUUUUGACAAAAAGGGGAAAAAAUGUGAAUUCUGCUUAUGCUAUUAAUUAAUGUAGUGUCUACAAAUUGUAUUUACCACACAUUCAUUGGCCUAAUUUAUUUCAAAUAGCUUGCUUAGUAUUCCAAACCACAAUGGCUGUAAUUGUUUAUACCUGAUAAGUUACUGAUUUCACAUCAUUAAAUGUGCUUCAUUUAUACAGGGUUUUAUUUUUACUGUGUUUUUUAGUGUUUUAUUGUGUUUAUUUAAGGAUAAUUGCUGUGUUGUUGUUGUUUUUUUUUAUUAACUGUUGUGAUGUCUAUUGUAUGAUAAUUAUGUCACUGUUUAAUGUCUGGCUUUUAGAUGCUAGAAAAUCUUUUGAUUUCUAUGUGCUUUAAACAAGCGUAAUACUUCAGAUUUUGAUGCUAUUUGUUAAAAAAAAAGUUUGACAUUUUUUGCACCACAA